AGAAACACAGCGCCGGGCCCAGGUUCAGAAUCCUUCUCGUUUGAGCUCGUCUUUGUACUCAACAGUUUCCCGCCAAAUCAAUGGCAAAUGCAACUGCAAGCAAAGUGAAAACGAGCUCCUCAACCUAAAAUGGCGCUGCUCUGUUUUCUGCUUGAUCUGAGAACCUUACCUCCUCCCAUUCUCGCCGGCUUAACGGAUUCUUUGUUGCAGCUCGCCAAUCUCUAUGCUGUUUCAUCAUCAUCAUCCGCUGCUAGAAUCGGCUUGUGCUAUAUCUUGAAGAAUGUCUCCUCUGUUCCUGAUGAUGACGCUCUUUUGGAGGUUGCGUACAGUCCUCAUAGAAGUUUUAGUCUCCGUGAAUUCCAUCGUGCUGUGGGGAAUUUGCCAACCGAUGCCUUUAUUCCCGAAAUCAAUGGCUAUGAAACCCUCUCUUGUCGCGAUGUGAAAUUAUCGGCUGUGUUAAGUGAUCAAGUUCUAUACUCGUGGGGAGGUGAAGAUGUAAUGAGGAAAGUGAUUGUACUAAGCGCAUCUGCACGUUAUGAUUUGGAUUCCAACUUGGAAAGGACACUUAUGGAGGCGGUUAAUAUGCGCGUUUCAGUUGAGUUUGUGAUCUUUAAGCAAAAGUCGAGCCAUCUCAACGUCAUUGAAGAGGAGGAUUCUAAUGGGCUCGUAAGACGUAUUUCGGACUUUGAUGGCUUCUCUCUUAAAUUAUAUCUUCCAGAUGUCAGAAUAUUUCAAAGCCUUGUGAGACGAUGGUUGCAAGACCUCAAGGAUGAUAUGAAAGAACCAUUAUUGGCUUGCUUUGAUUUCAAAAGAAACCUCAUUUAUUCCACGAACCAGAUAACCUGCAACUUAUAUAUGACUGUCACGCAGAUGAUUGAUGGUUUCUCCCCUUGUCAGACAUGCAGAUGCCAUGGUAUGCCAUUAGAAGUCUACAGAAGAAAAGGGAUAAAGGAAUCUUCCUGCGCGAUUAGCGGGGAUUUUCUGGAUACCUCUGACAUAAUAAAAAACUCAACGAAAGUUGGAGAGAAAACAAUCCUAUUUCUGCCAUCAGCUCAGUGCCUUACCAAGUCUCAACAAAAUUCUUCACAAAUUAAAUUUGACAUCGUACAACGAACCAACUUGGGAACCUUAUGCGAAAGUGUUAUUAUGGGAGCCGCUUAUGUUGUAGUUCCAUCAUCUUUAUGUGAGUUAGAAUCUGCUUCAGCAGGCAAUGAUCGGUUUGCAUUGAACGCUUUAGCUUUUCAAGGACUUUGUGGUGCUCUCCACUCAUUAGAUCAGGGGUUGGUUUGCCUUUCAAAUUGGAAUAUGGAGACCUUGAAUGAAUCUACUUUCCCUUGCUAUUAUAUUCUACAACCGUCACAAAAUGGAUCAAUGUUUCUUAGGCGUCUUGCCGGCUCUGAGGAAGUUUGCUAUGUACCAGACAUCAAGACUUUGAUUACCACUCAUGUUAGCAAGGAGAUCCGGAGUUCCAUUCUAGUCUCAUUGGAGAAGGUUGGACUAAAAGACUACAACCCGUUGAUGCAUGAAAGAGGCCUCCACCAAAAACUGAACGUUCUUGUGAAAGAUAGUUUGGAGUUCAGGUCGUUAACUCCUACAGCAGAAGAAGGAACCUCCGGCAAUGAAGCUAACGGCCAAGAUUCUUUGAAAGGAACUGUGAAUUCUGUAAAAGACGUUGAAAUUCUAACCGCAAUGGAUGGCGCCGGUGAAUCGAACGGCCCAAAUUCUUUGGAAGGAACUGUGAACUCCAUAAAAGACAUUGAAAUUGUAACCGCAAUGGAUGGCACAGAAGCUGGAGUUGCUGAAACUUGGGAGCAGCUAGUAACCCAUGAAUUCUCUGAAACCUGUCCAGUUUAUGUUUCGAAAGACAAAUCGGAUGGAUUUUCUCUCUCACUUCCAGAUGGCAACAGACAAUUGGGUGUGAAAACGUCAAGGAUUUUAGAGAGACUUGAGGCACCAAGACAAAGAACUAAGGCUAUAUCUCCUAAUACUCUAAGCACUGGCUUGGUUGAUUCAAAUGCUCCAACGAAAAAGCCACCAAUCCCGUUGGUGCCAGUUCUGACCCGAGACCAAGGCUUCACAGGUACUCAAUCUCAACUUAUGAAACCCAAUUUCAACAAACUCAAAAGAAAACGUACAUGACCACCCCUCCCCCCAAAAAUAGAGUUUGUUUUUUAAUCCCAUAGAUAUAACUUUUUAAAAAAUAUAUAUGGUAUGAUGGGACAUUAGAAAUGACAUUGUAUUCAAUGUUUGUACACCCUUAAUAAUGGUUAGAACCAUUCAAUUUUAGUUAAUAAACAUUGAAAACAAUAUCAACUCUAAUAUUCCUACAUAUAGUAUGUAUUUUUAUUAGUUGUUCAUCUAGAUUUUGCCAUUUUUAUAAACAGGACCGUCUGAUUUCUAGUAAUUAAAAGUUGGAUGUACUUUUUCCACCGUUAUAUCUUUGAUAACUUAGAGAGUGAAAUGUGGGAAGAACGAAAAAGGUCGAUUUGUUGUUUUUUUUUUAAAAAAAAAAUUAAGUAGUUGUAAAUUCUUAAUGAUGGUUUGUGGCAAAGUUUUUAGUAGUUAGUUGAAAGAUCGCGGUUAACCGGUGGGGAAGAAGUUUUGUUAUUUUUUCAGUUUGGUAUGGUUUUUAGAUGGACAUAAAAAUGCUGAAAUUUAAAUGUGGGGUUUGUGGGUUUUCCUAUUUUUUGUGGUUGAUUGAAGUAUGAAGAAUGUAAUGUAAUGCAUCUUUUACUCAUAAAAUUGGAAACCAAAGUUGAUAUUCGUUGCACUAAAAGGGGAUUGGAGUUGAGGUU